UCGCGCAGCGCUGAAACUGAGCCACAUUGAUCUGUAGCAGUGUUUCACAGUGUCACUGUUUUACAGAGGAACGAGAGAGACGCUCACAUUUAGUUUAGCCCCUCUACAGCCACCGGCAAUGAUAUUCUACAUUUUUAACUGAAACACGGAAUAACUGCGACAAUGACGGUGGAUUUUGAGGAGUGUAUUAAAGAUUCACCCCGAUUCAGGGCGAACAUUGAUGAAGUUGAGACCGAUGUUGUGGAAAUAGAAGCCAAGCUUGAUAAGUUGGUGAAGCUAUGCAGCGGUAUGAUCGAAGCGGGUCGUGCUUACGUCAGCGCCAACAAGCUCUUCGUCAACGGCAUACGAGACCUGUCUCACCACUGCAAGAAAGAGGAGAUGAUCUCUGAAUGUCUCGAGAAGUGUGGCGAGAGCCUUCAGGAAAUCGUCAACUAUCACAUGAUCCUGUUUGACCAGACCCAGAGGUCCGUAAAGCAACAGCUGCACAAUUUUGUGAAGGAGGAUGUUCGGAGGUUCAAAGACACCAAGAAGCAGUUUGAUAAGGUGCGUGAGGAUAUGGAGAUCGCUCAGGUGAAGAACGCGCAGGCGCCUCGAAACAAACCGCAUGAGGUGGAGGAGGCCUCAAGCACCCUCAUCAUGACCCGGAAGUGCUUCCGACACCUUGCCCUGGACUAUGUCUUACAGAUCAACGUUCUUCAAGCCAAAAAGAAAUUUGAAAUCCUAGAUUCAAUGUUAUCCUUCAUGCAGGCCCAGUACACUCUGUUUCAGCAGGGAUUUAACCUCCUGGAGGAGAUCGACCCGUACAUGAAGAAGCUGGCAGCUGAGUUGGAUCAGCUGGUCAUAGACUCGGCCAUGGAGAAGAGAGAUAUGGAGCACAAACAUGCCACUAUUCAACAGAGGACUUUGAUGCAGGAUUUUGCUUACGAUGACUCAAAAGUGGAAUUCAAUGUGGAUGCUCCUAAUGGUGUGGUGAUGGAGGGAUACCUGUUUAAGAGGGCGAGCAAUGCUUUCAAAACAUGGAACAGGCGAUGGUUUUCAAUACAGAACAGUCAACUUGUCUACCAGAAGAAACUAAAAGAUGUCUUGACUGUUGUUGUAGAAGACCUCAGGCUUUGCUCUGUGAAACCAUGUGAGGACAUUGAGAGAAGGUUCUGUUUCGAAGUCGUGUCUCCUACGAAGAGUUGUAUGCUGCAGGCCGAAUCAGAGAAACUCCGGCAAGCGUGGAUCCAGGCGGUUCAGGCCAGCAUCGCUUCUGCCUACAGAGAGAUUUCUGAAAAUUGUUACAUAGAGCGUUUGGACAGGACGGCAUCUCCCUCCACGAGCAGUAUAGAUUCUGCCAGCGAGCCACGGGAGCGUGUUGUCAGAGGAGACAGUAUUCUACAGCGGGUACAGUCUUUGCCAGGAAAUGAAGUCUGUUGUGACUGCGGCCAGGCCGACCCACGCUGGGCCAGCAUCAACCUGGGCAUUCUGCUCUGUAUUGAGUGCUCUGGCAUUCACAGGAGUUUAGGAGUGCACUGUUCUAAAGUUCGAUCUUUAACACUCGACACCUGGGAGCCAGAGCUUAUGAAGCUAAUGUGUGAACUUGGCAACGCUGUAAUCAACCAGAUUUAUGAAGGCUCAUGUGAAGAACAAGGACUAAAGAAACCCAGUCCAAACAGCUCAAGGCAAGAGAAAGAAACGUGGAUCAAAGCAAAGUACGUAGAGAGGAAGUAUCUGAAGAAGAUGUGCGGCUCAGAGGCGCUGGUGGAGGGAAGCCGAAAAUCACAUCACUGGCACGUGAAAAAGUGCAGGAGACACAACAGCUCCAUCAGAGCCCCUAAAACCCGCCGGAAAUACAGACACGAUGCCACUGUUCUGUCUCCGGGAAAUCUUUCUGCUGCUGCCGCAGCUGCAAAGUUUCGGAGGGAAUCGUUGUUUUGUCCUGAUGAGCUGGAUUCACUCUUUUCUUAUUUUGACACAGGCUCUGGACCUCGCAGUCUCAGCAGUGACAGCGGGUUGGGCGGCAGUACUGACGGUAGCACAGACAUCCUGGUGUUCGGCUCGGUGGUGGACAGCGUCACUGAGGAGGAAUGCGAGGACUCUGAUGAGUCCAGCGGGGAGGUGGACAUCGAGCAGGAAGCGUCUGAUACAGAGAAUGGGCGGGAGCUUGAGCCCAACACGUUGCUCCAUAAGGCCUCACGGGCCAGAAAUCUGCCGGUCAUGGCUGAGGCUCUCGCACACAGCGCAGACGUUAACUCCGUCAAUGAAGAGGAAGAAAGCAAGAGCGCAUUAAUACAGGCAGUCACAGGGGGUUCUUUAAUAGCCUGUGAGUUCCUGUUGCAGAACGGAGCAGAUGUCAAUCAAAGGGACAUACGAGGACGUGGACCUCUGCACCACGCCACAUGCCUGGGUCACACAGGACAGGUGUGUUUGUUCCUGAAGCGAGGAGCCUCUCAGAUGGAGGUAGAUGAAGACGGGCAGGACCCUCUCAGUAUCGCCGUGCAGGCAGCCAACGCAGAUAUAGUCACAUUGUUACGAUUAGCGAGGAUGAACGAGGAGAUGAGGGAAUCAGACGGACCCUUCGGACAGCCAGGUCAAUACCCCAGCAGCAGUCCCACAGAGCAGCAGUACAAAAAGUGUAUUCAGGAGUUUAUCUGCCUCACCAUUGACGAAUGCUAGGGGGCGCUCUCGAGCGGUCAAAGACUGUGGGAAAAACUAAGUGUGUAGUGAUUAACAAAAAUAGCUUUAGCAAGGAACUGAUAUCUUCACCGUCCCCCAUCAUGAGCAGUUAGUUUACACGUCGUGUUCGUAUGUCUGUAGAUAAGAAAAUAAUGGAUAUUUACGGUACGCGACAGUGAAAAGAGACGUUUUAAAUGUAUGUGCAACCGUGACAUUAAUUGCGAUGUAUUUAAUGGGUUUAACGAAACGGCCUCAUCUCAUAGGACUGAGAUAGAGUUCGUUUAUGAAUUUUGAAUAAUUCACAAUAAGAUUUCCUAGUGUUAUUGAGUCAUCAUGCGCAAAAUAUGACUGUGCACUUUUCCUACCUACAGUAUUUGUUCUUUUUAAUGAACUGAGUUUUUCGUUUUGUUUGUUACUCGGCGUAAUGUUAAUGUUGUUGUACUUUUUAUUUAUGUUCCGUCCUGCGGAUUAGUGCAAUGGAAACUGGAAUACGGCAAAUCUGUUUUUGCCUACAUUAUUCUCUUUUAAUAACGUACAGAAGGCAUUUGAGUUAACUAGACUUUUGCUUGUCUUUCGCAUUUAAAAAACACUGAACUCGACUCGCUCCACUCAUCAGACCCCCCAUACGCUUAUGAAACGGGUGUUUGAAACCCCUUUAAAGUUAAGAGAGAUGUCAUCUAUUCUAAGUAUUUAUAGAAACAAUAGCAAUUGUCUGUUUCAUAUAUUUGUACACGUAUUGCAAAGCUCCCACAUGACUGUAAUGUGAUUUUUAUUGAAAAAUGCUUGUCUAGAUGGGUCUCUAAUGUCCGACAGUACGUGCAUGCUUUUACUAGCUCGCAUAUCAGGGCUAAGUGCCUGUCUGCAUUAGCUAGCAUGGUUACUUAUUUUAGCCAUUUAUUAUGUGAAAAUGCAUGACAGCAGAUGGCAUCUGCUUUGUAUUUUUUGCCCACAUUUAUUUUAAAUGAUGCCAGUUUUGAAUGAAGACAUUCUUGGGUCAGAAGUGGGUUUCAUGUGACCGAUGCUUGAUGGUCAGUACAGUGUCAACAUGAAAACAGAUCUAUGUGUUGAUACAGUUACAAAAGUCAUCUUACAGGCAUUUAUAGAUAGAAAUCAGUUCAGUGAAAAAAUAACCUUAAAGGAAAAAAGCUGGAGACUGAAAAUUGUACUGAAUCUUUCAAGUUUUUUUUAUUAUUUUAUUAUUUUUUUAAUAAUAAUGAUGAUUUGUUAGUUAAGCUGUCAGGUAUGAUUUAGCAGAAAAUGCCAGUUUUACAUCUUUUAACUUCAUCAUGCAGAAAGAUAAGUAUAUAAAGUACGCUGUAAUUUUACGUUUCAAACAGAGAUGGCGAUAGAGAGGAAAAACUUA